AUGGUUUCUCAAGACCAAAGUAAGGACUCUGGCUCCAAAAAAAAUGGAGGUAAGGAGCUUGGAAUGGUAACUCCUCAAGACAAGCCCUUGAAGAAGAUGAAGUUUGUUUCAUCUGCUGAGACAGAACCAACCAGCACGACAACAAUUUCUGAGGAUUCAAAGUCAGAGAAAAUCAAGCCAGUUGUUGAGUACAAUAAAAGGGGGAAAGGAUGUGGCCUUGCACAUACUGAGAUGCUGUCCUACAUUGGUGUGUUGGCACGCUCUAGAGUCCCACUUGUGGACAAGAAAUGGGCUGAAAUCCCCAAGGAUAUAAGGGAGCAGAUUUGGGAAGCCGUUGACAUGGCUUUUGUGGUAGGUCAAGGGGGCAAGACCUCGGUGUUAUCUUCUGCUGCUAAGAAAUGGAAGGAUUUCAAGUCUACACUGACGAGGCAUUAUAUCCUUCCAUACAUCAAGGAGAGGGAGAAAUUAAGCCAACCCCCUGAAAUAUAUAAAUUCAUAGAGAAAGCAGAAUGGGAUGCCUUUGUAGCUUCAAGGUUAUCCAAAGAAUUUGAGUCUGUGCAUUCUCAACAUUCACAGAUUAGGGAGAAACUUGAGUACAAUCAUCGAUUGUCUCGAAAAGGAUAUGCUGGUUUGGAGGAUCAAUUGGAGGAAACCAUGCCUGGGGUAGAAAUUGAUCGAUCUACCUUAUGGAAGAAAGCUAGACAGGACAAACAUGGUAACAUCCCGGAUCCAAAGGUGGCAGAGAAAGCAAAAUUAAUUGUAAGCCUACACACUCUGUUUUAA